AUGGCCAAGACUCAAAAGAACAAGGCGACGUCGUAUCACUUGGGUCAGCUCAAGGCCAAGCUGGCCAAGCUGAAACGUGAGCUGCUCACCCCCAGCAGCAGCGGCGGCGGCGGCGGUGCCGGUUUCGACGUGGCCAGGACGGGUGUGGCCAGUAUUGGCUUCAUUGGGUUUCCGUCCGUGGGCAAGAGUACAUUGAUGAGCAGGUUGACGGGGCAGCACUCAGAAGCUGCGGCGUACGAGUUUACGACGCUGACGUCGGUUCCCGGUCAGGUCAUGUACAAUGGCGCCCCCUUACAGAUUAUCGAUCUUCCCGGAAUCAUCGAGGGAGCCAAGGACGGUCGAGGAAGAGGUCGCCAGGUCAUCGCCGUCGCCAAGACGUGCCAUUUGAUUUUCAUUGUGCUCGACGUCAACAAGCCCUUGACGGACAAGCGAGUCAUUGAGGCCGAACUCGAGGGCUUCGGCAUCCGCAUCAACAAAGAGCCCCCCAACAUUACGUUCAGGAAGAAGGACAAGGGUGGCUUGAACAUCACCAGCACCCAGCCCCUGACGCACAUCGACCACGACGAGAUCAAGGCGGUCAUGAGCGAGUACCGCAUUAACUCUGCUGAUAUUACUAUUCGAUGCGAUGCUACUGUUGAUGAUUUGAUUGACAUUAUCGAGGCAAAGAGCCGAAGUUAUAUUCCCGUUGUCUACUGUCUCAACAAGAUCGAUUCCAUCAGCAUCGAAGAGCUGGAUCUGCUCUACCGAAUCCCCAACUCAGUCCCCAUCAGCUCCGAGCACGGAUGGAACAUUGACGAGCUCAUGGAAGCCAUGUGGGAGAAGCUGAGCCUGAAACGAGUGUAUACAAAGCCCAAGGGCAGGGCACCCGACUACUCAGCCCCCGUUGUGCUCAAAGCGUCGAGAUGCACCGUGGAAGACUUUUGCAACGCUAUUCACCGCAGCAUUGUGGAACAGUUCAAGUCAGCCAUUGUUUAUGGCAAGUCGGUGAAGCAUCAGCCGCAGAGGGUUGGUCUGGCACACGAGCUGGAAGAUGAAGAUGUCGGUAUGUAUUACUGUCUGCUUUUUACGUCCUCUACCCCUUAUGUUGUGUGA